AUGAGCCUUGUUGAAAUUAAGCAAUAUGGAAACAGAUAUUUAGUAUUUAAUGUAAAAGAUGUCGAAAGAUUAAGAAAAGAGUUUAGAAUUGUCGGUGCUCUAUGCGGCACAUUACCAGGAUUCCCUCAACAAAACACCUUUUAUGGUCUUCCGCUAUCUUUGUCUCUAGAAGAAGUCAAAAUGGUAAUAGAUCUAAAAGUAGCAAAAGUGACAAAUGCUUUAUCCCCACUCCCUAGCAUCAAUAACAGUCUAUUUCGCUAUUUUUGGUCUUUGGAUUAUUAUGUGACAAGCGGUUAUAAGUUUGGUGGUGAUUAUCUGUUGUAUCCACAAGAUCCAACGUGUUGUCAUAGCCAAUUUAUUGUCUCUGUCAUGCACUUUGAUCAGAAUAUAACGACAAAAGAUGUUGUACAGAUGGGAAGACUGGCAACCAAUGUGAAAAAGAAGUUCGUUUUGGCUGGUUUCAAAAAUGAAACAGAGGAUAAAGUAGCUGUGUUCUCACUGUCAUGGGCAGGGUUUUAG